ACUAACGAAUGUGAGGUUAGGUUAGAUUAGCGUGUCAGAUUAGGAGCAGCUCGGAGCUACUUUGUGUCUUAUCGGCGAUGUCUUUAGUUCCAAGAAUCUCUCGGAAACUGUACACGUUCCUUCGUGAUCAUCUUGUUUGACGCUUUUAUAUUUGUUUACUCAUAAUUACGUUGAAUUUAUGACUGCGGACAAAAAUCACGUAGACUCCUGCCGCGGUACGUCGCACACUGAGCAGCAAAUGCGAGCGAGUGACGUAAACUGUUUUCUGUUUAUAAACAACUUCACGAGAUUCGAUUCGCACGAUUAACGAGAUGACUACUGAGAUGAGGGUGCUGGAGCUGUACAGCGGUAUUGGAGGGAUGCAUUAUGCGCUUCAUGAGAGCGGAGUCGCAGCGAAAAUCGUCGCGGCGGUCGACAUAAAUCCCGUUGCGAACGAUGUUUACCGUCACAACUUUCCCGAGACCGUUCUCAUGAACAGGAAUAUCCAGUCCAUCAGUGCGCAAGAAUUGAACAAAUUGAACAUAGAUGUUAUACUCAUGAGUCCCCCGUGUCAGCCCUUUACCAGAUUGGGAUUAAAGAAGGACGCUCUCGACAACAGAGCUUGCUCCUUGUUGCAUGUUUUAAGUCUGAUACCAGAUCUAAGAGAUCUAAAGUACAUUUUGCUGGAGAACGUUAAGGGUUUCGAGGUAUCCCAGAUGAGGGACAAGUUGAUAAACUGCCUGGAAAGUUGCGGAUAUAGUUACAGAGAAUUAAUAUUGACCCCGUGCCAGUUUGGUAUACCAAACAGUAGGCACAGGUAUUACUUGCUAGCAAAGAGGAACGGUUUGAGAUUCUGCCUGGAGCAGGGUCUGCUGGAAAACAGUUCGCUGCCCGAAUCAUUCAAGUCACUGCCAAAGAGUAAGCACUCAACACUUGCAGAGAAACAUGGCAAGAUUAAUCCCAAAUCUGGCAUGGUAUGCUACACGUUGAAGAAUAUCUUGGAAAAUCCUGAGGAAUCCAAGUACCUGCUACCCUCAAAAUUGUUACAAAAACGAGCUUGGAUACUGGACAUACGGACACCCGACAGCAACGGUUCUUGUUGUUUCACCAAAGGAUACGGUCACUACGCAGAGGGCACGGGGUCCGUGUACUGUCCGUUCUCCGAGGAAACAAUCGCCCUAAAGUACAAUGAAGCUAGUAAUCGCGAGAACAAUUCCAUUGAGCAGGUGCAGAUUUUAUCAGAUUUGAGACUGAGGUUUUUCUCUCCCAGAGAAGUGUGCAGAUUGAUGUGCUUCCCAGAAGACUUCGAUUUCCCAAAACAUAUCACAGACAAGCAAAAGUACAGGUUGCUAGGUAAUUCAAUCAACGUUCACGUAGUUAGCAGAUUAAUACUUAUAUUAUGUACUGAAAAUAAAAAUAUUUCAGAAAUACAAUAAAAUUCUAAUACGAUA